AUGGCUGAAGCUCAGUCCCCGGCACCUCAGCCUGCCGCCAAUGGCGUCAAGUCCUCUACAGCGUCUCCUGCGCAAGCAGAACCGCGGCCCCAGCGGCCCAAGACGACCCCGUUGCAUCAGAUCUACGCCCUGCCGGCUCCGAUCAGGACCUUUCCACUGCCCUCGUUCUACCCGAACAACCCCGUAUCUCUCCUCCAGUUGGCCUGGGCGUGGGCGAGCCAGGUGCUUUCCCCGCCCCCAAUUGAGCCCUCAGUAAUAUGGGAAGCCGUCUGGUCACCCGAAUCGGGUUCCGUUCAUGUCUACGAUGAUAAGGCCAUCCGAGCUUUGUGGGAACAGGGCUUUUACGGGAAAGGCAACCUCAGCCGAAGCGAGCCCAACUGGCUCAAGCGAGAAAAGGUCCGCCGCGGCCUCGUGCAGACGCAUGUUAGCGAGGAAUUGACCACGAGUAGAAGAGAGGAGCGUAUCAAGAUGAAGUGGGAAAGAGCGAGGGCAGAGCAAGACGCCAUCCGCCAAGUCCGACUGGAAGAAGCUCGGCUCGCGAUCGCACAUGGCAGCUCUGCGGGCACUUUAUCCGUGCCCCAGCCCGAAGUUCCAGCCGUGAUUGCUGCCGUGCAGGCUCCGCCGACUGGGCCGCUGGAGCUCUUGUCGCUCCCCAACUCGUCUCUCGAUGUUCCUCUUGCUGUUGAGCACCCCGUUCUUCCCGCAGAGGCCAUUGCUGCAGCUGCAGACCUGAUACCUGAUGACAGUGAAAGCUCACUUGACACCCCGCCGCACCAACAGUCCGCAAACGGACACGCAGUGAACGGCUCGUCAAUACCUACCACAGGAGAGGACCUCAACGGCCACGCGACGUCACCCGAUGACAAUGCGCCCGACGAGGGCAAGAUGGUCAAACGUCGCAAGAGUGUGCGGUUCUCGCCCCGCGUCGAAUCGGCUACGUUCGAGCACUCAGACCCUCCCAGUCCAAGCCAUGCCUCGAUAUGUGACAAGACAACCAAUGGAUCACCACACGGCGCUAAACGUGACGCGGUAUGGCCCAAUGGUUCUCUACGACACAAAGCUGUUCCCGAGAUGCCGGAGGCGACAGAGGAGAUCCUGAAUAAGGAACACCUCCAGCUGACGGGCGAGGAAGCGCUCUUCCUGAGCUUCGGUCUGGGCACUCUCAAGGUCUUGGAUCUCCAAACGAAGACGCCAAUCGACACGUCCUCCCUAUUGACGCUCUUCCGCCAAAACGCCGUCUUCCCGCCUCUGCCGCCGACAGCACUGCUACCCGACGACAGUUUCCUGCUCAACUACGCGGUAUACCAUCAUUUCCGGUCGCUCGGUUGGGUCCCACGGCCAGGCAUCAAAUUUGGCAUGGACUGGAUGCUGUAUGCCAAGGGCCCUGUCUUCGAUCACGCUGAAUUUGGCGUCAUCAUCUUGCCUUCUUAUUCACACGCGUGGUGGAAGGACAACAAGCAUCCAGUGCCACAAAAGACAUGGCAUUGGCUGCAUGGCGUGGUGCGUGUCCUCGCCCACGUGCACAAGAGCCUUGUGCUGGUCUACGUCGACGUGCCGCCACCGCCGAUUUUCGACAAGGCCUUCGAGCAGGGUCCUGCGGCGGCGCUCAAGUUGUACAAGAUCCGGGAGGUCAUGGUCAGGCGGUGGUCGAGCAAUCGCAAUAGAUGA